AUGAAUUCAGCACUUUUUGCGUUUUUCACAAUCUCCUUGGUUUUUACUGAUGCUUGCAAAAUCGCAACCAUCGCUCCAAUUACUUGUAAAUGCGGUGAAGCAACAGAAUUGGAAAGUGCAACACAACCAACUUGUCCAGCAAAUUUCACAACUUUUGAUAAUGAUUCGACAUGUUAUCAAAUUGUGGUUUCGGAAAAUCUCGGAAGUUGGGAAGCUGCCAGAAAUGUUUGUCAAUCGAUUGGAGCUGAUAUUGGAUCUUUCUUAACUUUUGAUCAAGCAAAACAAGCUACUGAAAAAUGUACGAAUUUUUUAUUUGAGAGAUAAUUUGAGGAUUUUAUAGAUUUCCCCGCUUCAUUCUUUGAAAACGAAUCUUCUCUUGGUUAUGCCGCAAUCUGGGUGGAUGGCAAAAAAUCAGCCAACUGCACAACAAUCACCGAAGGAAUUAAAAAUUCCACCAAAACUUGCACGCAAUAUAAUGGCCUCGAGUAUAUUUAUGAAACCUCGGCUAGCAGCCAACUUUUGGAUAACUUUGAGUGAGAAAAAAUUCCAGUGAAAAACAGAAAAAUUACAUUGUUUUCAGCAUUGAUCGUAAAUCGAAAGCUGUUUGUCUUCAAGCGUUUCUUGAGCAAAGUUCUGAUGCUCUUUCAUAUUUGACUUCAUGUUCUGAUUCGGCUGAUGGAGUUUUGUGUGUUUUAUGA